GAAAAUAAUAAUAAAAUGGAGAAAGAGAGUUAUAAAGACAAUGACAAAGGAGGCUUGCUCUACAACAAACUCAAGAAACUCAUCUCAGUAGUAGAUGAGCUGAGAGAUGUUGGCCUUCAGCAGUAUAUCAACUUGCCAAGAAUUGCAGUCUUAGGCCAGCAGAGUUCAGGAAAAUCCUCAGUCCUAGAAUCUAUUGUAGGAAUUGAUUUCCUUCCAAGAGGAUCUGGAGUCGUAACUCGUAGGCCAGCUGAGUUAAGACUUGUUCAUGAGGCUGAUGAGAAUUCCAAGCCAUGGGCUGAGUUCACAGAGCUCAAAGGUCAAAAGUUCUACGAUUUCGAAGAGGUUAGGAGUACUAUUGAUGUUUUGACUGACAAGAUUGCAGGAAAGAAGAAGGGAAUUGUGGACAAACCAAUUGUUAUCACUAUUCAUUCCCAUACCUGUCCCGAUUUGACAUUGAUCGAUUUGCCAGGUAUCACUAGAAUCCCUCUCCAAGGUUCAGACCAAGGCAAAGAUAUUGAGAAAAUAACAAAGAAGAUGGCUUUAAGAUAUGUGAAGGACCCAAGAACCAUUAUUUUGGCAGUUAUCCCAGCUAAUGCUGAUAUGACCACCUCUGAUGCUUUGCAGAUGGCUAGAGAUCUUGAUCCUAAGGGAAUCAGAACUAUUGGAGUAAUUACCAAAAUCGAUAUCAUGGACAAAGGAACAAACGCUAAAAGAAUGAUCACUGGGCAAGAGGUUCCAUUAAGACUUGGAUAUGUUGGAGUCAAGAAUAGGUCCCAGCAGAACAUUAAUGACAAAAUGAGGGUGGAAAAGGCUUUGAAUGCGGAGAAAUUAUAUUUCUCAAGUCAUAAAAUUUACUCAACUCUUCCUUCAGAGUGUCUCGGAACUGCUUCUUUGACCAAAAAGUUGACGAAAGUCUUGUUUACUCAUAUCAAAAAUUACCUUCCUCAAAUCGUAAAGGAGAUCAACGUCAAGAGAAAAGAGGUAGAGGAUAGGCUAAGAGAGUUAGGACCUCCACUUCCAGAGGAAGGUUCAGAGAAAAUGCAGCUUUUGUGGAACAUGGUCACAGAGUUCUGCACUAACUUCAAGAACACUAUUGGUGGUCGUUACAUUAGUCAGCAAGAUAAAACUACAAAAGGAGUCAGUGGUGGCGCUAGAAUUAAGCAUUACUACUACAAGUUAUACAAGGAAUACAUCGGUGGAUAUUCGGCAACAGAUUCAUACUCUGAUGUUGACAUUGAGAGGGCAAUCAAAAUCCAUGAAGGGUAUAGUAUGCCAGGUUUCCCAUCUGUUGAUGUAUUCAUUUACCUUCUCCAGCCCCAAUUGAGCCAACUUAGAGAGCCUGCUAUGGAAUGUCUGCAAGAUGUCUAUAUCUACCUUGAAAGCUUAGCAGACGAACUUGCUCAAAAAGUAUUCUCUAGGUUUCCCGGUUUGAUAGGCGAAAUUCUAGAAGUUGUAUCAAGAUGUCUCCAAGACGAAAGAGAUAAAACAAAGGAAAUCUUGGAAUGACUCAUUGACUCAGAAGAAGGCUACUUGUUUACAAAUGAUUAUGAAUACCUUAUGAACAGGACAGACAUAGUUCCAGGCAACAAAGACGAAAAGAAACAUCUCAGCAGUACGACUGUCUUCGUAAUGGAGCUAAGACAAAGAAUUGACUCAUACUUCAAUUUAGUCAUUAGAAACGUAAGAGAUAGAGUGCCAAAAACUAUUGGCCACUUUUUAGUUAAAAAGUGUCAAGAUAAGAUCCAAUUCCACUUGUAUUCUGAAAUCAAUAAAAACUCUACAUUGAAUAGCAUUCUGGGAGAGCAUCCAGCCAUCACUGAAGAAAGAAAUGAUAUGACAAAGAGUCUUGAAAUAAUGAAGAGGGCAACCAAAGUACUCCAGAGAGACCCUGAUAUCACUAAUGUUAUCUCUUUUGAUGAUAAAUUAGAGAAAGAUCUUAGAGAAGAGAGCAAAGAGAACAGGAGGAGACCUCCACCACAGAAUAGAUCUAGACAGACUCCGCCAAGCUCUGCUGGCCCAGAUUCAAUGAGUGGAAGACCUAGCCCAAGCCCAGGAGGUGGAGAAUUCCGUCCACCAGUAGGUGAUGGUAGUGGAUACGACAGAAUGAAGAGGGAGAGUGCCAAUCCUCACAUGAUGAGAGUUCAACAACAACCUAACAAUGCUCCUCUUUCCCAGACCCAAGCAAGACCCCAGCAACCAAAACCUAUCCCUCAAAGAAGCAACCAGCCAAGAGGUGGUAAUGCUCCAGCUGACUUCGGGAAUCUCUUUGGUGACAGCAAGAGUUAAUUAGUUCGAGUCAAUAUUUACAAAAUAA